UCAAGAACCGGUUUGAGCGUCCAGGUGUUCUCUCUCUCUCUCUCUCUCUCUCUCUCUCUCUCCCUCCGGUCGUGGUGUCGUCGUCUUCCUCGCCCAGCUGCAUCUCUGCUUCGCGCGCUCUCUUUGCUGGUGUUGUCGUGUUGAAGCCGUGACGAGCAAGAACCUCGCAGUUCGGACUCCGGUCGUGACAGCAUGGCGAUAAACGAGCGCAAGGUAAUCGAUCUUGAACAUGGAUGGGAGUACAUGCAGAAAGGGAUCACCAAGUUGAGGAAUAUUUUGGAAGGUCUUCCGGAACCGCAGUUCAGUUCCGAAGACUAUAUGAUGCUUUAUACUACGAUCUACAAUAUGUGCACCCAGAAACCUCCUCACGACUAUUCUCAACAGCUCUACGACAGAUACAAGGAGGCUUUUGAAGAAUACAUUACUUCAAAGGUGAUGCCAUCCCUAAGGGAGAAACAUGAUGAGUUCAUGCUGAGGGAGCUGGUAAAAAGAUGGUCAAACCACAAAGUCAUGGUCCGAUGGCUUUCCAGAUUCUUUCAUUAUCUUGAUAGAUACUUCAUUGCACGAAGGUCACUUCCACCACUUAAUGAAGUUGGUCUAACUUGUUUCCGUGAGCUGGUCUACAAAGAGAUGAACACCAAAGUCAGAGAUGCAGUAAUUGCUUUGAUAGACCAAGAGCGUGAAGGAGAACAAAUUGAUAGGGCCUUGUUGAAAAAUGUUCUGGACAUUUUCGUGGAAAUUGGAAUGGGUAGUAUGGAUUGCUACGUGGCUGAUUUCGAAGAUGCAAUGCUUGCUGAUUCUGCUGCCUACUAUUCUCGCAAGGCUUCCAACUGGAUUCUGGAAGAUUCUUGUCCAGAUUACAUGUUAAAGGCUGAGGAAUGCUUGAAAAGAGAAAAAGAUAGAGUAGCACAUUACUUACAUGCAAGCAGUGAGCAGAAGUUGUUGGAGAAAGUGCAACAUGAGCUUUUGUUCGUGUAUGCGAAUCAGCUUCUCGAGAAGGAGCAUUCUGGAUGUCAUGCUUUGCUGAGAGAUGACAAGAGAGAAGAUCUUUCAAGAAUGUUUAGGCUUUUUAGCAGAAUAAACAAGGGCUUAGACCCAGUCUCUCUGAUUUUUAAACAGCAUGUUACAGCUGAGGGAAUGACCUUAGUAAAGCAAGCUGAGGAUGCUGCAAGCACCAAGAAGGCUGAAAAGAGAGAUGCUGUUGGUUUUCAAGAGCAGGUUUUUGUUAGAAAAGUUAUUGAGCUUCAUGACAAGUACUUGGACUAUGUCAACAACUGCUUUCAGAACCACAAUCUUUUCCAUAAGGCACUCAAAGAGGCUUUUGAAAUCUUCUGCAACAAGGGUGUUGCAGGCAGCUCUAGUGCAGAGUUACUGGCAAACUUCUGCGACAAUAUACUCAAGAAAGGAGGCAGUGAGAAACUAAGUGAUGAAGCCAUCGAAGAGACACUAGAGAAGGUGGUGAAGCUACUUGCAUACAUCAGCGACAAGGACCUUUUCGCUGAGUUCUACAGGAAAAAGCUGGCAAGGAGGCUUCUGUUUGAUAAAAGUGCAAAUGAUGAUCAUGAGAGGAGCAUUUUGACAAAGUUAAAGCAGCAGUGUGGUGGGCAGUUCACCUCAAAAAUGGAGGGAAUGGUUACAGAUUUGACUGUGGCGAGGGACCAUCAAAGUCACUUUGAGGAGUAUAUUAAUAACAAUCCGCAGGCAAAUCCUGGGAUAGACCUGACUGUCACUGUGCUUACAACUGGAUAUUGGCCAAGUUACAAAUCCUUUGACCUGAAUCUCCCUGCCGAGAUGAUAAAAUGUGUUGAGGUUUUCAAAGAGUUUUACCAAACAAAAACAAAGCAUAGGAAGCUUACAUGGAUAUACUCAUUGGGAACCUGUAAUAUCAAUGGAAAGUUUGAACCAAAGACCAUGGAGCUUAUUGUCACAACAUAUCAGGCAUCUGCACUGUUGCUUUUCAAUACAUCAGACAGAUUGACCUACCCUGAGAUCAUGUCUCAGUUGAACCUAACAGACGAGGACGUAGUUAGAUUACUUCAUUCACUGUCAUGUGCAAAGUACAAGAUUCUCAACAAGGAGCCAAAUACCAGAAGUGUUGCUCAAACAGACACCUUUGAGUUUAAUUCAAAGUUCACUGACAAGUUGAAGAGGAUAAAGAUUCCUUUACCUCCUGUUGACGAGAAGAAGAAGGUCAUUGAGGAUGUUGAUAAAGAUCGGCGUUAUGCCAUUGAUGCAUCAAUUGUUCGAAUAAUGAAAAGUCGUAAAGUUCUUGGCCAUCAACAGCUAGUUAUGGAAUGCGUCGAGCAGCUUGGGCGUAUGUUCAAGCCUGAUUUUAAAGCAAUUAAGAAAAGGAUUGAAGAUUUGAUCACCAGAGACUAUUUGGAAAGAGACAAGGAGAAUCCCAACAUGUUCAGAUAUCUGGCCUGAGCCUGCACGUUGAUUGUCUUUCUCAUGGAAGAGGGUUAUGCUGCGUUUCCUCUUGGGGGCAAGAAACCAGCAGGGCUGCAAAUCUGAUGGGAGAGGUUGUGGAGGUCCUGUAGAUCUGGUAGUGCUUGCAGCCUCAGUCACCCUAGUCCUUGGCGAGUUGGCAUAAAUGGCAUAUGUUUUGGCCCACUUUGAGCCACGCCCCCCUAGAGUCCUAAAGUUGAUGGUGGUGGGUAUUCCCCAUGAUGUAAAGUAUUCUCGUGUGAGUUUAUCCGGCCCGCCUCUUUGUCAUUUCUUUAUCCAGUCUCCUUCGUACCGUUGUCUUGUUGGUCUUGAAUGUUUUUAAUCCUUCUUUCGUCCUGUAUCUAUUGUUAGUCUCUCUCUCUGUUGGUUUUGUGGGCCCCGGUUGUGGGGGGAGGGGGUGGUGCUCUAUGCGUGCUUCAAACGAUUAUUUCAUCUGCAUGAUGGAUAACGAUAAGUUAUUUUUUCCUUUGCCUGCUUUUUCUGGUUGGGGGAAGGGAGUUGAGUAGUCCUGGUCUCUAAUGUGGUCGCACAUUCCUUCAAUACUACGGGCUUGAGGGUGUAAAAUUUAUGAUAUUGAGGACGAGGUAUACUUUUAGUGCCAAGGUGGUCUUCAUCUCUGUAAGAUCGAUCAAUCUAAGCAUGAAAUUGUAGAUAUAUAUAUUUUUUAUUUUAACUAUA